AUGGAAGGAGCCAACAAUUCCAUGUUGACAGAAUUUAUCCUUGUGGGACUUUCUGCUCAUCCAAAGCUCCAGUCAAUUUUCUUUGUGCUAAUUCUGUGCAUGUACCUGAUGAUCCUGCUUGGAAAUGGAGUCCUCAUCUCAGUCAUCAUUUAUGACGCUCACCUGCACACCCCCAUGUAUUUCUUCCUCUGUAAUCUUUCCUUCCUGGACAUUUGUUAUACAAGCUCCUCUGUCCAACUAAUUCUUGACAGCUUUCUGACAGUGAAGAAAGUUUCCUUUUCUCAGUGCAUGUUACAAAUGUUCCUCUCCUUUGCCAUGGGGGCCACAGAGUGUGUUCUUCUAGGCACCAUGGCACUAGACCGCUUUGUUGCCAUUUGCUUCCCACUGAGAUACCCUGUCAUCAUGGCCAAGGAUAGGUACGUGCCCAUGGCAGUUGGAUGCUGGGCUGCUGGACUUGUUGAUUCUACGGUACAAACAUUCCUUGCAGUGCAAUUGUCAUUCUGUUCUAAUAAUGUCAUUCAGCACUUUGUCUGUGAAAUUCUGGCUGUUCUGAAACUGGCCUGUGAAGAUAUCUCAGUCAAUGUGGUCAGCAUGGCAGGGUCAAGUCUGCUCGUUCUGGUUAUCCCAGUGUUAGCAGUUUCGGUCUCUUACAUUUUUAUUGUUGCCACUAUUCUAAAAAUUCCUUCUACAGAAGGAAAGCGGAAGGCUUUCUCUACUUGCUCUGCCCACUUCAUGGUGGUGAUUAUAUUUUAUGGAACUAUCUUCUUCAUGUACACAAAACCCAAGUCUAAAACCACGACUGAUGCAGAAAACCAAGAUGUCUUUGAGGCCCUCAUCUCCCUCUUCUAUGGAGUGAUGACUCCCAUGCUCAACCCACUCAUCUACAGUCUAAGGAACAAGGAUGUGAAGUCUGCUGUUCAGAGAAUGAUGAGGAGGAAACUCUGA